GAGUUGACGCUACGUAGCGACUUAAACGGACUACUACUAGUGCUCUACUACCUGCUGCUACUGCUGAUAUAUUGCUCAUACACUCUAGCUAGGCAUUGGCCAACUCACUCAGCUGCUCGUGCUCCAAGUCCAUGUCUCUGCUUGCCGAUUGACUCGGCGCAAGAUGGGCAAGCCGACAAAAGACUCUGUAGAUCAUGUCGCCGCAUCUCUAUCGGCCCUCUCCAUCAAGAAGCCAGCGCACGCACGGCACAGACGCCGCCAUACAAUACAAAACUCCCAUGCGCUCAUUGCAACGCUGCUCUCUGAUGUACCACCAGGCGAGCAAAUGGAAAUUGACCUCAUUGACCAUCCUAUCCUGCUACGUGUUCAAAACAUGCUGGUGGAUACAACAGGGGUGAGCUCUCUCAUGCGCUCAUUUCUUGCAUUGCUCAAGAUUUCUGGCAUCUCAAUCGAAACACGCCAUCGGUAUCUGGCACAUUGGCAGUCUUGUGUCUCGUCCUUAUUGUGCAGCCCAGUACUCAUGCAAGACGACGUCACGUAUUGGUCACAAACUGUACUUCGACAAUCAGUGAGUUUUCCGGCACUGCAUCUAGCGAUCUUGGCAGUCUCUGGUAUUCAAUAUCUUCGCAGUACAGCCUUAUCGCCCAUCUCACCUGAAGCACUCGAUCAGCAAACAUUACAAGCGGUGUAUAAGCUUCGUGCAGAUGCUGAACGCCGUCUGUUGCAUCGUACGGUACUAGAGAAUGAAGACACUGAAAUGUGUUUAGCAACAACAUGCUGCUUGCUCGUCUUUGAUUACCUCACUGGUAAUGUUGAAGAAUGGACGGCUCGGAUUCUGAGUGCAAAACUAUGGUUGCGUGAAGCAGGCUGGGACUCAUCCCAUCCGGUUGGUCGCUUCUUCUUCUGGACAGUGGCCAGACAUGAUCGCAUGGCGGCAUGGUUGCGAGAGACGCCUAGUGUGUUGGAUGUGGAAGAUUUGCUCUGGCAUCCAAACCUCCUCGAUACACAACAUCUCCUCGGCCUCGAUGGCAAGAUGAGCAUGUUACUUGCACAGCUCAUGAAGAUCCAAGUCAUGUUGGCAGGAUUAACGGCGCAUGCUACAGACGACCAGCUGGAUCUGAUUGAUGCGCAGCUGGCGACCUGGCGGCAGCAAUUUCCACUGUCCCUCAUGACCUUCUCAACUGACACUCCAACAGAUUGUUUUGUAUACGGCUUUACGUGUGCAACAGGGGGUGAUGCUGCCAUCUUACUUCACUGCCUCUAUGCAGAAACACUCAUCUUACGACUACAGCGGAGUAUCGUGCCUGGUCAACUUGCCAAAAUCCACGAACAAGCCAUGACGCUUUGCCAACUCGCAGCGCCACUCGUGACAGCAGGCAGCACAACCAAUAUUGCAACACUCGAUUACCUCUCUAGCUGCUUAUUCAUUGCUGGUCGACAUUUGCAGAGUCAUGUAGGAAGGAAAUGGGUGGUGACGUGUCUGGAUCGGCUCGGAGAUCGUUGUGGUAGUUUGAUGGCUGCGAAAUGGACGACGUUGCUUGACCUCGCCUGGCGCGAAGAACGCACGCGGCCACGCGUACAUGGUCUGCUACGCAACACAGCAGAUGACACAACACAGCGCGAUACGCAUGAAGCUUCCCUGGCACGGGAAAUGGGCAAGCUCUCUUAUGAAUAAAUGAUUGAAACGAG